AUGGCCUCCGUUACCCCUGCUCUCUCUCAACCCAAGCCGACCUUCCCCCGACUCUCUUCAAUCCCUUGUGGUGAUCACUUUCACUCUCGCGAGUCCUCUCCCUCCCCCUGUAGCACCCCCGACGGCUCCAGGUCGAGCAGCCAGCGUCGCCCAUCAUUCGGUUCGAUCAAAGAAGAUACAGAGGACGGAAUUGCGCAAUCGUUCGUGGAUACCCACGAAGCCCCAUCUCCCCAAGAGCAAGACCAAGGACAGCGCAAAGCGGAGCUCAUCUCCCAGAUGCAACAGGCUGCCCCGGAUUUCUGCUGCCCAUGUGGUGGAUUCCUGGGUUGGAAGCAGAUUCGAUUGGGUGGGAAGAGUUUGAGCCGCAGCUACAGCGAUCUCCGUGCGCUUGGAAGCCUCCACGCAAAGGGCUGGGCAUGGGAAGCCCAAGAGCCCGAGCCCAAGAAGGAGCUGCUCCCAGUUAAGCCCCCAGUGGUGGAGGUCUUGCAGACCCCACCCGGCACUUCGCUGUUGGAGAAGCUCCCUCCCGAGGUCCUUGAUCAAAUCAUCUCUAACCUUGCGCUGGAUCUCCCACCCAAUGGCUACACUCCCCGAAACGUCGACCUCGUCUCAUGCCUGCUUACAUCCCACACGUUGCACGCUGCUACACUGGGCGUUCUGUACAGGAACAUGACCUUCCCGCACUCCAUCAUCUUCUCCAAGGCACUUAAUCAUAUGUCCCAGUAUCCGGCUUUGGGUACACUAGUGCGCCGUCUGGACUUCUCGCACUUCACUUCCGUUGGCUUGGGUCGCACCAAGCAGAUGAACGCUGAAAUCCAAAACUUGACCUCCAAGACCCUCUUGCAGUGCUUGGAGCUUCUCCCCAACCUGAAGGAAUGCCUGUUGCAGGAACACUUGGAAGGCGAUAUCAGCGUGGAGGUGAUCCGGAAGUUGUUUAUGGGGCUUGCGAACCUGCGUGCCGUGGAUUUCUGCGGCUGCUCCACUCAAGCAUUCUCCGGGGUGUUCCAAGAGGCUUUGAUCGGUGGCCCUGCACUGCCUAUGACCCUGCCCAGCCUCAAGCGGCUCUCGUUCCACGAAUGCAGCACUAUCACUGCUCCCAUGUUCGAUUACCUCCUCCCACGAUUGGUCAACUUGACACACCUCGACCUUACCCACACUCAGGUCAACGACUCAGCCCUCUUCGCCAUCCCUGAGACCGCCCGCAUCUCGCACUUGAGCUUGUCCCGGUGCACACGACUGCGCCCGUGCGCUCUAGUUGAAUUCCUAACCACUCACCCAUCCGUCAACGAGUCUCUUGUUUACCUCAACCUAUUGACCGACCCAACCCGCUUCCGUCUUCUGGAGGAAGCCGAUGUAUCGGCUUUGCUGCCCAAGCUUCCUGAGACUCUCCGCUCUCUCAACCUGAGUGGAGCAAAGAUCACCUCCGACCAUGUGCCGUACUUGGUGCCACUGACCAAGCACUUGGAGGAACUGGGUCUCGCCUCCGCAGAUCUCUCCGUCGCAGACGUGAACUCCUUCUUUGCUCGGUACCGCAACCCGGUCACUGGUGUCGAGAUCGAUGCCCCCAGCACUCUCUGCUAUCUUGACCUCGCGAAAGUGCCACAGAUGACCAUCGGUGCCAUUUUCAACACGAGCACUUGUUCGCUGCUCUCCAAUCAAAGCUACCCCCUGCAGGUUAUCGAGUUCAGCGACAAGAUCAUCACCCCGCUGCGCGAGCGCGCCAAGACCCACCGUACGUCCGUUGGCUGGACUGUGCGAGACCUCGGCCGUCGUGGCUGGUACGUCCGCGACCCAGCCUCCAUGCCCCACGAACCCCUUGACGACGGUGCUCGUUACUGGAAGAUGGGUGCGCGGUGGUGGGGUAUGCGCAAGAUCCCCAUGGCAGUCGGCGACGUCGGCGGUCUCUACGGCCACUAUAUGUUCAAAAAAUGA